UGUGGGAUAUAAAGGAAACACAUGAUGUUGCUAUGUUUGAUUUAGCAGCUAAGAUGGACAGCCUGUGAUUUGACCUAUUUUCUUACACACCCUCUCAAACCGACGCCUGUCUCCAUGCCGGCCGUUUUCUGCCUCGUCUUUGUCUCCCACGUCUUUGUCUGAGAACAGCGCAAGCAUUUUGCCCUUGGAAAUCGCCAGCCUUUCUACCUUAAGAGGAUAAUUAUUUACUGGCUGACGACAUUCUCUGUUGAUAGCUAGCCAUGCAAAUCAUAAAGUUCAGUUUCCAACAGCUGGUUAGUUUUCACUGGGCUGUAUUCGGACUGGCCCUUUAAAAUAGACAACUGAAGCGCCGACGGUGGAGCGGAAGUUUAUUUAUUCAUUCUCAGAAAAAAAGUUAAAUGGGUUGUUAAUGCACAAAUGUGCUCUCUGAAUUGGUUCCUGGAAAAAAGCAGCAAAAUUAGCAAUUUACUAUGAAAGACAACAACUGCAGCUGUGUAGUUUACUGUGCUAUCUACUCUUUCUGUUGCAUUUGGCUAACUAGCUAUUUGGCUAGCCAGAAAUAUCAAUCGUGCUAGCUAUCUGAUAACAUCAGUAACAAUGGAUAUAUGAAUACACUAGCAUGCUAAUUGGCUAAAUACUUUCAUUUCAUUCGGUAAUCAUUAGCAAAAUGCCUUCGUAUUCGGAGUGGAGAAACAGCAACCACUUCUAUUACUGCAUUAAGUUCACCCUCAAUGUUUAUUCAAUGCUUUUUUCGCUCCUGGGCCUGUGUGUGCUGUGUGUGGGCAUUUAUGCAGAGGUUGAGCGACAGAAGAACCGCACUCUGGAGGGGCUGUUCCUGGCCCCUGCUGUGGUCCUCAUUCUGCUGGGCCUGGUGAUGUUCACUGUGUCUGUGGUAGGCAUGGUGGGCUCCCUCAGAGACAACAAGACCCUGCUGCACAUGUUCCUGUGUGUGCUCUGUGUCCUGCUGGCCCUCCAGGCCCUGGCUCUCAUUGUGGCUCUCAUAUUUGAAAAGAAGACAUCAGCCUUGUUCCAGAGCAGUAUUCGUGAGGGAAUCAAACACUACUAUGACGACUUAGACUUCAAAAAUAUCCUGGACUUUGUACAAAAGAAGUUUUCUUGCUGUGGCGGGGAUGAGUACAAGGACUGGGGCGUCAAUCAGUACCACUUCUGCAAUGGCAGCGGCCCACUCGCCUGUGGAGUCCCCUACACCUGCUGCGUGGGGCACAAGGUGGGAGAGGUGAUCAAUACACUCUGUGGCUACCAGACCCUGAACCGGGAGCGUGUGGAUGUGGCUGGAGUGAUCCAUGUGCGGGGCUGUAUCCAUGCAGUCAACCUGUGGAUGGGAGACCACGUAGGGGCCACCGUGGGAAUCUGCUUUGCAGUGGGGCUUCCACAGUUGCUGGGCAUCAUCCUCAGCUGCGUCUUCUGGAACAUGCUGGUAGAGAUGAGCGAGUCGGCCGACAUGGUGGACUUCCGAAUUCUGAAGCGGGCAGGGUUCGAGUACAGCGAGCUCGACCUGUCGGGCGCUGGCUGGUGCCUCUGCCUGCCCCGCGAUGGAGGCUACCUGCCCGUCCCCGCCUCAGAACCAGAGUCAUGGGACCCGGAGCCGAUCCAGUCUGCUCCCCAUCAAGUCCUGACACAGCAGGCCCUCUCCCAAUCCACAUCCAAGCCACCAGAGUCUGGACCUCUGGCCGGAGUGGAUGAAGUAGACAAUCGGGUCUAGAAUCAGAAGCAGAAAGGGGAGUCAGUUAUGUCUUCCUUUUUUUUCUUGUUUGCAUCAAUUUUUUUUAUUUAAGUCAUUUUUUUGUGUUAGUUAUAUUGCACUAAAAGGUGGUCCACAGACAAAAACAUUAAUGAAAGAGAUAUUUGUCAAUCAUGAGGGGA